AUGAGAACCCUAUUGUCUGAGGUGGAGCGGGCUCAGGUUUUGUCCAAGGUGAGGGAGGAAGUGCAGCGAAGACAGGAUGCAAAUGCAGCUGCCCCUGGACCCGAGGCGGUUGUCCCCCAGACUGAUCCCAGUUGGAAUCCUAACAACCGCGCUCACCUCACCCUCCUCAACUCCUACAAGGAGUUGCUUUUGCAUGGACUCCGUCACUCGGCUGUCCGACAUAACAAUUGGGCCAAGCCAUACGAGCUCAUACAGGAGCCUAAGGAGAGUCCUGUCACUUUUCUGCAGCGCAUCCGGGAUGCCAUUCGGCAAAAUACUAACACAGACCCUGAUAAUGUAGCAACUGAGGCAAUUACAAAAGGUAUCUUUACCAGCCGUGCGGCCCCUGACAUUAAAAGGAAAUUGCAGAAAAAGGAGGACUUGAUGGGCAUGUCUGUGGCACAGAUUUUGGAAACUGCAAACAGGGCUUACAGCCUUAGAGAGGGGGAGAAGGAAAAGAGGCAAGUGAAGAUGAUGGUUGCAGCAGUACAGGCUGGUGCCACCCUGCAUUUCACCCAAGAUGAAAUCACCCUCACCUUGCCCCCAGAGAAUGCCUGGAUAAUGACCUUUGCAGUUGAGCCCUCAGCCAUUCAAGCCCCAGAGUGGAGCCAGUGGGAGGACCAGGUUUUCCCUCUAGUAUGGGCAUCAGGGGUCCCAGGAAAGGCAGCCCAUCACACCCCCGUUAACGUUCAGGUCCUGCCAGGAAAAGGUCCGGUGAGGAUCAAGCAGUAUCCGUUCAAAAGGGAAGCCAGAAAAGGGCUGAAGGAAAAUAUAGAUCAGUUUCUAAAGUAUGGGAUACUGCGAGAAUGCCAGUCAGCCUGCAACACCCCCAUCUUGCCUGUACGAAAGCCCAAUGGCACAUAUCGGCUGGUCCAGGACCUGAGGGCGGUUAAUGAGCAGGUUAAGACUCUGCACCCCCUUGUUCCAAACCUGUAUAUACUGUUGGCAUCUGUAGAGGGGCAGUACACCCAUUUUUCGGUUCUUGAUUUAAAAGACGCUUUCUUCACAAUUCCGGUCGACACUCAAUCUCAGGAGAUUUUCUCCUUCGAGGGGGAGGACAAGAAAAGGGUUAAAAAGCAGCUUUGCUGGACUGUGUUGUCUCAGGGGUUUAAAAACUCCCCCACCCUUUUUGGCCAGGCUCUGGCUAGAGACUUGGAAGAAUGGGAUAAUGCGGACAAAGUUCUUCUCCUGCAGUAUGUAGAUGACUUGUUAAUUGCUGCUGUGGGUCUGACCCCUUGCCUUAAGGCAACUGUGAGCCUCCUGAACUUUGUUGGACUCCGAGGAUACCGGGUGGCUCGGAGCAAGGCUCAAAUUGCCCUCUCAGAAGUACAGUACUUAGGGUUUCACAUAAGGCAGGGGGAGCGGCGGCUUUCAAAUGAAAGGAAGGAAGCUAUCUGUCAAAUUCCUGUCCCAAGCAAUCGUAAACGGCUCAGGGCUUUUCUGGGCAUGGCAGGUUUCUGCAGAAUAUGGAUCCCGGAGUUCGGACUGUGGGCUAAACCCCUGUACGAAUGCGUUAAGGGAGCGGAUCACGACCCCUUUCACUGGUCCUCAGAAGCCGACAAGUCAUUUAAAGUGUUAAAGAGAAAACUAACGGAAGCCCCCGCCCUUGGUCUGCCAGACCUCUCUAAGCCGUUUCAACUGUAUGUGCAUGAAAGAAAGGGUGUAGCCCUAGGAGUGCUUACUCAGUUAUUAGGCACCUGGAAACGUCCUGUGGCAUAUUUCUCUAAACAGCUGGAUCAAGUUGCCAAGGGGUGGCCAGCAUGUUUGCGGGUGGUCGCAGCAACUGCUCUAGUGCUUGGGGAAGCAGAAAAGCUAACUUUGGGAGGAACUGUGCAAGUGUAUACCCCUCACAUGGUCCAAGCCCUGCUGGACACUAAGGGUGGUCUCUGGCUCACCCAGGCUCGGGUAGCUCGGUACCAGGCUAAACUCCUAGAAAAUCCUGAAGUUUCCCUGCAAACCUGCCCCUCCCUUAACCCAGCCACUAUGUUGCCAGAAACAGAGGAGCAGGAACACGACUGUUUGGAAAUCAUAGAUGCCCAAUACUCCAGCCGUCCGGACUUAAAAGACCAACCACUCCCAAAUGCAGAUUAUAAGUGGUACACUGACAGCAGUAGUUUUGUCACAGACGGACAAAGGAGGGCAGGCUAUGCUGUUGUAACUCUCCAUGAAACUGUGGAGGCAGAGGGUUUGCCUGCUGGAACAUCAGCCCAGCUGGCUGAAUUGGUAGCUUUAACCCGUGCGCUCGAACUGUCAAAAGAAAAAAGAGUUAACAUUUUUACUGAUUCCAAAUAUGCCUUUGGAGUGCUACACGCUCAUGCAGGUCUGUGGAAGCAGAGAGGAAUGCUGACAGCUGAAGGUUCUCCGGUCAAGCAUGGGACACAGAUCCUCCGGCUUCUGAAAGCGGUACAGCUCCCCUCAGCGGUAACAGUGGUGCACUGCAAAGCCCCUCAAAAGGAAGAUCAGGACGUGGCCAAGGGCAACGCCAGGGCAGACAGGAAAGCCAAGCGAGCUGCCACCCUGGAACCAUUGGAAGCUGAGGAGGCCCAUAUGCAUGCCCUCAUCCCAUCGGUAGGGAAGCUCCCAGCCCUUCAGUAUACCAAAAAUUUGCAGCCUCUCCUGCUGGAUGCCCCUGUCCACUCCCUGCAGCCCGGCGACUCUGUUCUCGUUCGUACCUGGAAGGACGAGCCUCUCCAAGAGAAGUGGAAGGGACCCCACACCGUCCUGCUGAUCUCCCACACAGCAGCAAAGAUUGAGGGAUACAAGAACUGGAUCCAUCACUCUCGUCUGAAAGCAGUGCCCACUCCUGAACGGUGGACCGUCCAGCCUGCGGAGAAGACUGCCAGUGACGAUCUGGGACUUAAACUGUUAUUCAGGCGACAGUAA